CAGCACGACGAAUCUACCUAGAUAGGUGUAAGAUGAGUACACUCAAUCCUUUAUCAGCACAGCGUCCAGUAUCCGAUCACCCAACACCCACUUUGGAAAUCUGAUGCUGUUCCGCUUUAAAUGGACUUCGGGCCAUGGGAAAUGCCAUCUCCAUGAUAUCACCAUAUUUAACUCCGUCGAUAAGAGGAUAAGACCCUUGCGUUAACGGUAUGUACGUACAAUACAGUGCUAGAAACGCAGAUGCUUUCCACCUUUCCAGAGUAAGACUGUGAAGAUUCAUUAACCAUAUUUUUCUCAUUUCUUAUCUCUAUUUGCAUCUCAUUCUUCGCUCUUCAUUUCCUCUAUCCCCUCCUCUGUCCUCUCCUCCCUCCCCGACCUCCACCUUCCGACAAAUGCGCUUCUCAUACCUCCGCUCUCUCCUUCGGCAUCCAUUACGCCAAACUUCCUCGACUUCCUCGACUUCCUCCUUCAAUCACAAUCCGAAAAAUACAUUAAGAGCUAUGUCGGGAUCUCUAAUAGGCGCGACCUUAUACGCUGCCACCAUCAGCAGUCCAACUGCUCUUGGCGCCGUACCAGAGAAUUCAAAAGCAAAAGCGCAUCAUCUAAAAAAUGGAAAAGGAUUUACGAAUCCGUGGGAUUCUUGGGUGGAGAUGAGUGCACCGGGUAUCGGUUUGGCUAUGUUACGGUAAGUGGGGGCUUCGAAGUUUGCAUAUACAUGUUCCAAGGGUUAUGGGAGGUUGUGGAUGUAAUUGUGGACAAAUAUAGGCUCAGUAUGAUUCACCGGGGAGCGCAAUGGUUCGCCAGGUGGUGGAAGAUGGAGGGGAGAAUCUUUCCAUGCUAAUGUUUCCAUUGUUUUCAUGUCAAUGUCACAUUGUUUUUGAUACCCUGGUGAUCUCAUUUUCAGAUAUUUCGCCUCCACGUCAACUCCACGUCAAUCGCCCUCGUAGGGCUAGUGAUGCAUCAUGGUAUGCACAUGAAGACAUAUAGGUUCAACUGAAUCUAUCGGGAAGCUAUUUAUUCACUAAUACUUCCGUAACUACGACUAACUCGGUGACCUCUUCAUAGGGCGAAACUAGCCGGCGAGUUCGGGAACCCUGACACAACUCCUCCAACUGUGCCUGUCGUGCAGCCGACCUUCCUGCCUACUCGUGCUACCCCUUCUCUUCGCGCAACUUGGCUCGGACACGCCUGCUACUACAUUGAAUUUCCCUCUGGUCUACGGGUACUCUUCGAUCCCGUCUUUGAGGAACGCUGCUCACCAUUUUCGUUCAUGGGCCCCAAACGCUACACACCUAUCCCUUGCAAAUUAUCUGAGAUUCCAAUCGUCGAUCUCGUGGUUAUAAGUCAUAGUCAUUAUGAUCACUUGAGCCAUCCGACGGUUAUGGAAAUACAUAAAAAUCAUCCGAAUGUGCAGUUCGCUGUAGGAUUGGGGCUUAAGAAAUGGUUUGAGGAGUGUGGGAUUAAAAAUUGUGUGGAGAUGGAUUGGUGGGAGGAUAUUGAUGUUACUUUAUCCCCUAUCACGGGGGAAAAGCGCAUAUCCACUUCCUCGAAAAAUUCCUCAAAAAGCUCUCCACCACUUUCUCCUCCCUCUUCCUCGCCAACAUCCGCAUCCCCAAUAACAGCCCGCAUAAGCUGUCUCCCAUCCCAACAUACGUCAGCACGCACAGCCUUCGACAAAGGCCACACACUCUGGUGUUCGUGGGCCGUCUCCUCUGGCUCCGGUGACAACUCAAAAUCUGUCUGGUUUGGCGGUGACACCGGUUAUCGAGCAGUUCCGCAGGUCUCCAAGGGUACUGAUGAUUACGGGCCUGAGUAUCAACAUUUACCGACUUGUCCUGCGUUUCAAGAGAUCGGGAAGUUGAGAGGGCCUUUUGAUUUGGGACUUAUUCCGAUUGGUGCUUAUGGUAUGUGACUGCUUUUCCAUCUCACCCUCCCAAUCUCCCAUUCUCGUCUCUCAAACAUCAAACUAAUCUCAAAUUUGAUAAAGAACCCCGCCACAUUUUCUCUCCCAUGCACGCCAACCCCUUCGAUUCCGUAAACAUAUUCCUCGACACCAAAUGUCGUCGUGCCAUGGGUAUCCACUGGGGUACCUGGGUCCUGACACCGGAAGCCGUCAUGGAACCGCCUCGAUUAUUGAAGAAGGCUUUAGCAUGGAAGAAAUUACCUGAAACUGGUGUUUUUGACGUUUGUGAUAUUGGAGAAAGUAGGGAGUUUUAGGGUGUCAUUUGGACUGAUUUAAAUUUAUUUUAUUUGAUACACAUUUUCAUCCAUUUGGAUGUAGAUCUUUAAGUCAAUGCCGGAAUACUGAAAUAGAAAUGAAUAAUACUCUGUACAAGUGUUUGUGUUUUGUGGUCAUAUUAAAGUAAGAUGAAUCACCUACACUAGCAGUUAGGAGCCCCGCAUACUUGCUGAUCUCCGGUUUUUGAGGAUGCUGACGCGUAGCCAAAAACAU